AUGGACGGUGCUGGAUACGGGAGCUAUGGCUACCGCCUGGGCCCCCGGCUUCCGUUGCAGGUCGCCAAGGAGAUGGACCAGCCCUCUCAAGUCGUGGGACAAGGCAUCGCUAGUCGCACUUUGACCAGGAGAGGCGACAGCACCUCGUCUUGCGAUGCCGACCCGAACCUGUGCGAAAAGCCUGUUGCUGGAGCUACUCUGCCAGUGGCUAUUGGCUUGGGUAUUGGUAUUCCCCUGAUCGCUAUCAUUUGCACUCUGUGGUAUCUGCACCGCCGGAAUGUGAAGAGGCAGAUCCUGGAGGAUAUGAAAGACCCCCACAAGUCUCUGGACUUCGGUUUGACGAUUGACACCAGCAAAGGAGGAAAGCGGAAGAGUGCAUUCUUCGGUGGAGAGAAGAAGCCCAGCAACAGCGCCAAGCACCGCCAACUAUCGAUGGAUAUGAACCUCUCGAGUCCCUACCUUCUGCCACCAGAGCUCCAGCAAUCGCGAGAGUCGCUCCACUCACUUGCCCGUACCCUUCAUCAGAACGAGGAUCCAUACAGGCCUGUCACCCAGUACGCCGCAAGCGAAAUGGGAUCGAUUCGCUCAUUCCCCAUGAAAGAGGGAGGGGAGGGCUCUUCGGUUUAUACUGGCUCCACUGGCGACAGGACUACAUUGGGAAAGACUCGCUCUGUCGCCUCCUCCAGAGUGAUGCCACCUCCACGACAGAACUCUCUCCCCAAGGUGCCGCCGACACCCACACAGCCUCUCCCGGCCCACGUGAGUCCCGAGCAACCUGAGAUUGCUGCUAUUCCUGUGCCGCCGCCGAUGUCAAAGGACCGCAUGGUUAUGCCCGAGCCUAUUAUCCCUGUCAUUGAGACGGUGUCUUACCCCGACGAGAAGAAUAUGGCUAUCACUACGGACAUGCCCGUGGUUCAGGAGCCACCCAAGAUUGCUCGCAAGGGUCUUCCGUCUUCGCCAAUGCCCGAGCCGGAAUACCAUGAACAACCCAAACAGGCUCAGCCUGACAGUGUCGGCCUCGGACUGAUGGAUGGCAUUGACUUCCCUGACCCGCAUAUGGCACUCCCGCCCCUGGAUGCUUCGGCACACCACAUGUCUCCCGCACCUCUCUCCGCCCCGAUCAUCGAUGCUCCUCAGGACUACUCUGAUGACUGGGACAGGGUCAGCGCCCACGCUCAAGAUCAGUACAAUGAGGGCGACCGUGGUCGUCCUACUCACCGGCGGCAGUCCUCGGAGUACCCACAGGAGGAGCAGUCCACCGGGCUUAAUGUUCCUCAGUACGAGAACAAGAGGUUAUCUGUUGGCUUCAGGCCCCUCCCGCCAGACGAGGUGAUGGAUACGGAGGACCCGGAGACAAGGGCGAACAGAAUCCGGUCCUUCUAUAAGGAAUACUUUGAUGAAUCAACGAACCGACCCGAGAUGCCUGCACUUCCUACGCAAGGCGGAGAGUACUACGAGGACUAUGACCAGAGCUACCUCGGAGACACGGCCUUCUUCGACCCCGAGACAAAUGCCUUUGUCAUGCCGUAUGCACAGCCAGUUGCUCGCCGUGCCAUGACGCCGCCCCCCUCUCGCUCAAGAUUCCCUGGGCCGGGCAGUCCGGGCCCUCGAGGACCUGGACCCCGAGGACCAGGCCCGCGCGGUCCUCCUCGUGGCCCGCACGGCUCAUUGGGCGGCAUGAGUAUGCCUGGAGGACGCGGUCCUUUCCGCCCCGGCUCAGCAGCUUCUAGCAACUGGGGUCCGGGCCCGAGACCUGGAUCCUCAGCCUCGAACCAGUGGGGUCGACCUAGAGCUGGAUCGGCCAUGUCCGCGCGAGGUCCUCGAAAGCCAAUGCCUCCUCCGGCUGCCUUGACGACUCUUCCCACACCGUCCAAGCUGAAGGACGACUCGUUCGCCCUGAUGGGAGCUAUCGACUUUGCCCCUCCGCCCACCUUUGCGGACAAGGUUGCCGGUCGGCCACAGAGCCCGCUAGGCGAGCGACGGCCUUACCAGCUCAACGUGCCAGUCUCGUCGCCGUUGGUGUCGGCCUUUGACGAGAUGGCAGCACUGCCAAGCCCACAUCUUCUACGCAAGUCGGGCACCUUCACGGCUCUGGACUUCGCUCCUCCUCGCAAGUUCAAGGAUUCGGACACCAUGAGCGACGCCGGCAGCAUCAGGAGUAACCGCAGCGGCAUCUCGACCGCUCAGCUCAGCGCCAUCCGCAGCGGCGCCGGUCGCGUGAGCCGUCUGCCGGGCGAUACGGUCUUCACUCAGGCGGCUCUCAACACGACUCUCAAGCCAUCGUGGGGCAUGCGUGAUUAG